AUGCAGCAGUGCUUCGUCGAGAUGUACGCAGACCUCUGUGCACGACUGCACGCAGACAUGAAAAAGGCCAACAUCGAGGCGGAUUUUAAGCGGUCGUUGCUCGACCGUUGUCAGCAAUCCUUCAACGCGCACCUGGAGCCGCCGGGUAUCGAUGAGUGCCUGGACUACGAGGAGCAGUACGAGAUGCUCGUGAAAUACAAGACCCGGAUGACUGGGACCGUGCGCCUCAUCGGGCACCUGCUCCGCCAGAGGAUGCUCUCCCCCAAGUUCAUCUUCGUCUGCGCCGAGGAGCUGCUCGAGAUCGGCUCCCCGGAGGCCCUGGAGACGCUGUGCGCCUUCCUGGAGACCAUCGGCUCCACCUUCGACGCCCAGGAGUGGCAGGGGCGCGCCCGCCUCGAGGAGGUCUUCGUGCGCGCCCGCCGGUACUCCGAGGACCCCGAGCGGCCGCAGAGGAGCAGGUGCCUGCUGAAGGACCUGCUGGACCUGCGGCAGAGGCAGUGGAAGGCGCGCGUCAUCAAGGAGCCCGAAGUGGCCGCCCCCCCGCAGCGAGCCCCGGAGGGCCAGCGAGCGGCGCAGGACGACAGCAACUGGCGGGCCCCCCGAGAUCCUGCCAGGGCGGAGGAGCCGAGGGCGCACCCAUCGCCGCAGGGCGGCCGCGCCUCCAUCGCCGCGGCCCGGACGAGGCGGGCCUGCGCCGCAGCCGCACCUGCACAUCGGAGGCCCUCCCGGCGCCGCGCUCCGGGGCCGAGGCGGGGCUCCGGCGCAGCCGCACCUGGGGCUCGGAGGCGCCGCCGCGCAGCCCGGUACCGGGCGGCCCCGCAGGCGCCGAGGACCCGGAGACGCCCCGUGGCGCCGGGGCGAGGCGGCGCCGGGGCCCCCGUCCGCCCCGCGCCGCCGCGCCCUCGCCCCCGGCGGCGCCGGGCCGGCGGCCGCGCCAGGCACUGGCGCCCCAGUGAUCGGUUCCCCGCCGCGCAGCCCCGGGUGACGGGGCGCGCUGCCGCACACGCGUUUCUUUUCCCGCGCCGAGGGGUGCUUCCCGAAGAGGUGCAGCCGCAACGCCAGGUAGAGGAAGAAGGCGAGGUGAGGAGAUGAGGGAGCGUCAGCCUGGCGCGCGAGGCGGCGCGGCGCAGACCGCAGCCUGUUUAUAGAGCGCACUGCCGAGGGGCCCGGGCUCAAUCCCCGGGAACGCCACGCAUGCACAGGCGCCGCGCGUGGCCGGGGCCGUCCUGCUUCGAAUCGGCCGAUGCGCGUCGAUGUCGCUUCACUCAGGACGGAUCCGAGUCGAUUGCCGUUUGCCGUCGCUCCCGGG